AUGUGUGUGGGGGGGGCCAGGACCCUACCACAGAGCUUCCAGGCCUACCACAAAGAGCUUCCAGACCUACCACAAAGAGCUUCCAGACCUACCACAAAGAGCUUCCAGACCUACCACAAAGAGCUUCCAGACCUACCACAAAGAGCUUCCAGACCUACCACAGGGAGCUUCCAGACCUACCACAGAGAGCUUCCAGACCUACCACAUAGAGCUUCCAGACCUACCACAGAGAGCUCCAGACCUACCACAGAGAGCUUCCAGACCUACCACAGAGAGCUUCCAGCUCUACCACAGAGCUUCCAGACCUACCUCAGAGAGCUCCCAGACCUACCACAGAGAGCUCCAGACCUACCACAGAGAGCUUCCAGACCUACCACAGAGAGCUUCCAGACCUACCACAGAGAGCUUCCAGACCUACCACAGAGCUUCCAGCUCUACCACAGAGCUUCCAGACCUACCACAGAGAGCUUCCAGUCCUACCACAGAGAGCUUCCAGCCCUACCACAGAGCUUCCAGAUAUACCACAGAGGGCUUCCAGCCCUACCACAGAGAGCUUCGAGACCUACCACAAAGAGCUUCCAGACCUACCCCAGAGAGCUUCCAGACCUACCCCAGAGAGCUUCCAGACCUACCCCAGAGAGCUUCCAGGCCUACCACAGAGAGCUUCCAGGCCUACCACAGAGAGCUUCCAGGCCUACCACAGAGAGCUUCCAGACCUACCACAGAGAGCUUCCAGGCCUACCACAGAGAGCUUCCAGACCUACCACAGACAGCUUCCAGACCUACCACAGACAGCUUCCAGACCUACCACAGAGAGCUUCCAGACCUACCACAGACAGCUUCCAGACCUACCACAGACAGCUUCCAGACCUACCACAGACAGCUUCCAGACCUACCACAGAGAGCUUCCAGUCCUACCACAGAGAGCUUCCAGACCUACCACAGACAGCUUCCAGACCUACCACAGACAGCUUCCAGACCUACCACAGACAGCUUCCAGGCCUACCACAGAGCUUCCAGACCUACCCCAGAGAGCUUCCAGACCUACCCCAGAGAGCUUCCAGACCUACCACAGAGAGCUUCCAGACCUACCACAGAGAGCUUCCAGACCUACCACAGAGAGCUUCCAGACCUACCCCAGAGAGCUUCCAGACCUACCACAGAGCUUCCAGACCUACCCCAGAGAGCUUCCAGACCUACCACAGAGCUUCCAGACCUACCACAGAGCUUCCAGACCUACCCCAGACAGCUUCGAGGCCUACCACAAAGAGCUUCCAGACCUACCAUAGAGAGCUUCCAGACCUACCAUAG